CCCCCCCCCAUCUUCCCCCCUCACCUUUAUAGCCUCACACACGCACACAUCCCAUCCAUCAUGACCACCCCGCCCCGCGUCGAUCCCUCCUCCUUCCCUCCCAUCACCUUGAGCAACCUGUCCAAGAGCGAUGAGAACCAUGUCCAUGAUGCCUUCCGCUCGGAGGUCCGGCAGAAGUGUGACGCCCAGAUUUUGAAGUACAUCGACUGCGCCUACUAUCGCACCUUGAGCAUCCCCUCCGCCUGCCGCGAGGUGGCCGACGAAAUGAAUGCCUGCCUUCGGCAGUUUAUGACGCGCGAGCAGGCCGACCAGUUCCGUGCCACUUUCAUCGCAUCCAAGGGGGCCGAGAGCACCUAAACGUCUUGUUUGGUGUGUGUGUUUUUUUUUUCACAGGCUCCCUACCGGGGGGGGAUUUCCCCCUCGCCCCUGCACACACGCAUGCGUACACUGUCCCUUCCACGUCGACCCGAGCUGUGAUAGACUGCACCGCCGGACGACCAGCGCGUGCCCCUUGGCAGGAACACGCCCUUCCGCGUCUGGCAUGCUCCCCUCCCCCCCCC